AUACCGUUCAUCUCUCUCGGGUUUUGCUCGAUUACAUGAAGUGGUUGCUUUAAUACCUUCAGCAGCAGACAUACAUGCAGAUUACAGAGCGAGAUCUACUCGCCCUAGGAAAGAAGGAGUAAAAUAACUCAGUAGCUUUAGAAGACUGACUGGCUGGGGGAGGUGGAUGCGCUAUUCUUGUAUCAGUAAAGAGCCAGCGUUAAAUAACGAGGACGCAUAACACAGCAGAGGUGAGGCAAACAAACGGCCCUUGGUAGAGAGCUUGGGUGCGAAGACUGCACGAGCUGCAUCUUAUCGCAUUUAGAGAUGAGAGUGAGGCAAGGCUGCGACGCGGGUGUCCCGUGUACGACUGAGGAGGAUUUGCUAAAAAGCACAGAAAUAACGCCGGAGGAUGUACUCGGGCUGCAGAAGAUCACAGACAAUUACCUCUGCGGUCCAGAACAGAACAUACACAAGAUCGACUUCACCAGGUUCAAAAUCCGAGACAUGGAGACGGGCAUGGUUCUUUUUGAGAUCACCAAACCCCCUACAACAGAGAGUGGGGAGGACAGAACGGACUUUGACCAGAACGCCGGGCGCUUCGUGCGUUACCAGUUCACCCCCGCUUUCCUCCGACUACGACAGGUUGGCGCCACGGUGGAGUUCACUGUAGGCGAUGUUCCCAUCAACAACUUCCGAAUGAUCGAGAGGCACUAUUUCCGUGAGCAGCUGCUGAAGAGCUUCGACUUUGAGUUUGGCUUCUGCAUCCCGAGCAGUAAGAAUACCUGUGAACACAUCUAUGAGUUCCCACCAAUCUCUGAAGAUAUAAUGCGUGAAAUGAUCCUCCACCCAUAUGAGACACAAUCCGACAGCUUUUACUUUGUGGACAACAAGCUUGUGAUGCACAAUAAGGCAGAUUAUUCUUACAACGGUGGACCGUAGUACACGUAGAUAUAGGCAUAUAGGCAUCUAAUCUUAUAUGUGAUGAUGCAUUGGGUUAAACAAAAAAAAAACAAUCUCAGGACAUGUGUUUGUGUGUGUGUGUGUGUGUGUGUGUGUGUGUGUGAGAGAGAGAGAGAGAGAGAGAGAGAAUGUUACUCAGAAUGGGCCAGUACUGCUUUUUUCCUUAUCAUUUAAAGUAUGUAAUAACUUUUGAACUCUCUUCAAGUAUUAGAGUGUGCCUGUGUACAUGUGCAUUAAUUGCAUGCUCUGUUUUUA